AUGACGUCUGUUUUCAGAAUAGGCCAGUGUCUGUCUGGAAAAGUGGGAGCAUAUACCAUCCAUAAACAAGUGCAGGACUUUAUUUGGCUAGCUAGCUUUUUUCAACGUCGAACAGCGUCACUCCGGCCUUUGGUAGAUGAAAUUGAAGAGCCGGGUGGUCCGACUACAAUUGUAUUGAAGCACCUCGAUGAUGACCUCCACGAUGCUUCGGCCGCUAAAAGACUCACUUCUUCUGAGAUAAAAUAUGUAUCGAAGAAGAUUCUUGAAGGGCUGAAGGUAAUUCAUCAGGAUGGAUAUGUGCAUACAGAUGUGAAACUAGACAAUGUACUAGUAAACUAUGUACCUGAAGACAGCGGUCCUCGAUUCACCAAUGUCCAGCUCGCAGAUCUUGAGAACACCGUCCAUGUGGAAUCCAAGUUUUGCAAAGAUCGGGAUGCUAUUGGUGCACCUCUCUGGCGUAGUCCUGAAGCUCAACUUGAGCUUCAAUGGGGACCAGCAGCUGAUAUAUGGGCGUUCGGAUCAAUGGUUAUAUCCCUAAUUUGGGGCGAUAACUUUUUCAUCUUCAAGCCUGAUGUACCGCGUGGUCAUGAUGGAUAUGAGUUCAAGAUUCUCGAAAAGUACCAUAUCUACUUUGGGCCGUGCCCACCAUCAUUUGUCGACCUCGCUGACGAUGAAACCUUGGCGAUAUUAUCAUAUAUCAUGGACAAUAUUUCUCGUGAAAAACUGAGGCCUUUCUCACAGGCUAGUCAGCGGGAAUUUCCAAAGACAAGGAGUUUGUGUUGA